UUUUUAUUUUGUUUACAGCUUUAACAAUAGCCGAAAAGUUAUUGUUUUCGGAAACACGUUGGAUUAAGUUUAGCUGUCAGGAGUAUUCGGGUACUUACAAAAAUGUAAGAGUAGCUAUAAUAGAUCCAUCAUCAAAUACAUUGAAACCGUUUGAUCAAGAUUUACUGGAGAUGGAGAAAGUGGACAAACAGACAAACAACAGCAUAUUAUGUUGCCUCAUGUACAAAGCUUAUAAGAUAAAAACUGUUGGCUAUUUCAAAAGGAUUAUUAAGAAGAAAACUCUAUUACUUUAUAAAGAAGAUUAUACGUUUUUCACAAUAACGAAUUUUGUAAUAUUAAUUUUAAUACUGGUUUUAAUAGUAGCGAUGGCUGUGUUUAUUAAAUUAAAAAGAAGAAAAAAGGGUGAUUUGCCGACUACGCUUGAAUUGGAGACAUAUGCUUGUCCCAAUAGAGUUGAAUACGCUGAAAUCAGUAUGAGCGAAGGUAGUCAACGCUCGGUCAUCCAGAACGAAGGCACGUACGCUGAAAUAGCUGGCAUCGUCAAAUCCUCUCAAAUCGAGCUGUUUCGGUAACUGUCACUUUUGACAGCUGUCAAAAUGAACAUCGACAAACGUCAACGUGUAAUAUUGACGAAAAAUAAAUAUUGUAGAAAACUGUAAACGUCGUGGUGUCUUUGAGGUAAUCCGCACCUCGUAAUAUAACGAGGUGCGGGUUCGAUCCCAAAGCAGGUGUAAAUUGCUCUAUAGAGAAAAAAUGGCGUAAACUUUUAAGACAUUUUUAUAACUUUUUUUGUAUUUUGGGUAAGAAAACAACAUUAUUGUGUAAAAGCAUACUUUAUUCUUAAUCUUACUCAACGAU